GUUCCAUUAUUUUCAGUUAAUACAUUUCCUAGUAAUCCUAACAAACUUGAUCCCAUGGUUCGUUAUACUCGCUAGAGGGAAGAGAGAGAGAAACAGAGACGGAGACGGAGACGGAGACAGAGACAGAGAAGAAGAUAGAGAUACACUAGGAAGAGAAGGGCCCGAAAAGGAAGAGAAUGGGAACGAGAGAGAGGGAGAGAGAUCGAGAGUUGCUGAUCCCUGUAGCAACAAUCUCUGAAAAUGGAGGCUCCAAAUCCUCCGUCCCUAUUAUUUCUCCUACCGUCACCUCCUCCCAUGGCCGCGAGGCUUUUUUAAAAGUAAUCCGCAGCUGGGCGUCGAAAAAGUUUAUGACAGGAUGUGUCAUACUUCUUCCACUGGCCAUUACAUUCUAUGUUACUUGGGGUUUCAUUCAUUUCGUUGAUGGUUUCUUCUCCCCUGUCUAUGAUCAUCUAGGCAUCAAUAUUUUUGGUCUAGGAUUUGCUACCUCCAUCACUUUUAUCUUUUUAGUAGGCGUUUUCAUGUCAUCAUGGUGGGGGGCUUCAGUCCUUACUCUUGGUGAAUGGUUCAUCAAGAAGAUGCCGCUUGUGAGUUAUAUUUAUGCUGCCUCAAAGCAAAUAAGUACUGCAAUAUCACCAGAUCAGAAUUCUAAUGCUUUCAAAGAAGUAGCGAUCAUAAGGCACCCACGUAUCGGGCAGUUUAUGUUUGGAUUUAUUACUUCCACAGUUGUUCUUCAGAAGGGUAUAGGCGAAGAAGAACUCUGUUGUGUUUACGUGCCCACAAAUCAUCUCUAUCUGGGUGAUAUAUUUCUCAUUAGUUCAAGGGACAUUUUGAGGCCUAAUUUAUCAGUUCGCGAAGGAAUUGAAAUUGUGAUCUCUGGGGGUAUGUCUGUGCCUAAAAUAUUGACCACAGUGGAUGCACCAGGCAUUCCUGCAGCAAGAGUUGUCAAUUUUGAAGCAGCAGUAUGAAAAUGGAUUAACAAUAAUUAGAGUUCAUUUCUGUUUCCUAUCAUAUAUAUAUGUUGGGCCAAGCAUAUGCUCAAUCAUUCAAGAAAUCAAUCUUUUUGAGAAUGAAUGAAGGGAACAGUUUUGGUCUUUGGCAGGCAUUGGACUCAGCAGAGACUACAUAGUUCCACCACUCUUGAUAUUAACAUGAAGAAAAGAUAUCCCAUCACUUAGAAAUAUAUAUACACAGGUGCAAUGGAUGGUAGUUCACAGUUUUUUGUUCAUAUUAGAGCUUCUUUCCUUCCUCUGUAGUAGUAAAGAUGAUUUUUUUUUUCUUUUUGCCUUAAAAGGAUAACAAUAUUGUAUGUAAUAAUAAAUAAAUUGUAGAAAGAAAGUCUUCAUUAGUAGGAAUUCAAAACCCUCACUGAGGGCAUAUCAAUUCAAGAAACAGGCUACAUCUCGGAGAAGAAAAGAGUCCAUACUCUGGGGAUUAAGAUUGAAUCAGUACAUUUUACUGAUUGUAUGGGACUUGCUUAUUGUAAUUCUUGAAAGGAAUGGUCAUUUAAUCCCAAUUAUCAGUGUUGGUUUGAGACAGAAAGAGAUGGAUGCAGUCAUGCAGAGAUGCUUUCCAGGUCUCGAGAGGCAUCUUGAUGAGGAUUAUUAUUGUUUUCUAUGCCUAAUUGAGGACACAAUGAGCUUAACUACAAGAACGGAAAUUAGAAUUUGAUAGCAGAAGUUUAACCGUUCAUAGAAAGAAAGGUCUAAGUUCUUGCCAGGUUGGCAUCUGGUCACCUUAAAAUCAAGCAUCCCAUAACAGUAUGAUUUCAUCAGUAAGACACGAAAUUUAUGAUCUUAAAGACUGACAUUUUAGAAAGUGUUCAGUCGUGGAACACAUGAAUCAGCUAUGGAAACUUGCUAGUACAUAUGCACUAGAGCUGGAAUGUCUAACUAUAAACAAUGUUAACCAUGCUUUAGUGGUGGAGAACAAUCAGGCAUCCAGUGUAGCCGUAGCGUACCCAGAAGUUGCCUGUUUUUCCAGGUCAGAUACCUAUCUUGAGGCCGAAGGCAUUCUACCUCCGUUGUCGUCCAGUGGCUAGGAGGUCCGG